AUGGACGUGGAUGAGAAUCCUGAUACAACUAUUGAUGCUUCCUUCUGUGGAAUAGUGACUGAUCCAGAGAUCAAAUGCAAGCUUCACCAAGUUAGGGGCAACAAAUGUGUUGCAUUUGAUGGCAUAAACACGCGUAGAAGAUUCUAUUGUUGUGCUAAGCAGGGAGGUGUUGACAGUGGAGUGAUUCAGUGGGUUGAUUGUCCCUGGCCUAUCAUACUUCAGACGUGCGUGAAAAAACUGUGGGCGAUGUUUCAUGACCAGAACUAUGGCAGGGUGAUGGAUCGACAUGCUUAUGACAAAAAAAUGGCCAAACCGGAGAAGCAGAAUGAAUUCCUGGCCAAGCAAUUCAGUGAGCUGGUUGAUGAAGUUGGCCAGCUUUUUGAUUGGCAAGAUGGAAAGGUGCGGCAUAUGGAACAUCAGAAUACAACACAUCAUGCUGAAGAUGCCAAGAUAAAGCUUACAGCAUUAGAGGAGCAGUGCAAGAUGGACCUGAAGAUGGAGAAGAUGAGGCUGACCAAGGAGUAG